AUGUAUUAUGAAUAUUCUAAAGACAAAAUGACUUUUGCAAUAUAUAACAAUGGUAUUUUACCAAAAUCAAACCAAUCUCUUUGGUUUCGUUCUAAAGAAAAAGAUGUUUCAUAUGGACAAACUUUACGUUCUAAUCAUUAUAAACGUUUUACAUGCUUUCAAAUGAUUGAAAUGUGUGUUCUUAUUCUUAUUCUAUUUGAACAUACAAUUGUAUUUAUAUUAACAUUUAAAAAAAAAUCAUUAAAAACAAAUCAAACAAGACAAAAUCAACGUUCAAUACUUUUACCAUCAAAAUCAUUUAUCUAUAGUUGUCUACAUCGUAAUUGGAUACGUGCAUUUUCUUUUUCAAAUAUAUGUCUUUCAUGUGUUUAUUUCAUAAUGUUAUUAUUAAAACAUUAUCAUCCAAAUCUUGUUCAUCAUUCAUCAAUUACAUUUUAUUCAUUACCAUUAAAUCUUUUACAACAAAUAUUAAUUAAUUUUAGUACAUUCCAUCUCUUUAUUAUUUCAAUAAGUGUAUUUCAAUAUUUUCUUCGUUAUUAUCGUUUAUUAAAAAGUACAUAUUCAAGUUAUUUUUUUAAUGGUAAAAAUCUUUUACUAACAAAACAUACAAAUGUUGCACUUAUAUUAAGCAGUUCAUUAGCACUUAUAUUUGCUUAUAACUUUAUAUUUUACACUCCAAAAUCUCCUCAAACAAUAAGUUUACUUCCAUUAAUAACAUUUAAUAUGAUAUUAUUACCAUUAAUAAAUCUAAUCAUAUUUUCAUUUAUUUUUAUAUGUCUUAUGAUAAAUUAUUUCUUUAAAUCUAAUCUUGAAGAUAUAUUAAUUGAUAAUGAACAAGAAAAUUUACGUUUAAUUAUUGAAAAAAAUACUUGUAUUAAAUGUUAUUCAAAAAUUUUAGAAAAAAAUCCAAAUUUAUUUCAAGAUAAAAAUUAUUCAUAUAAAAAUUUAUUUAAAAUUUUUUUUGCUACACGUUUACAUUCAUCAUAUCCAUAUAACAUGCAAAGAAAUUAUUUUUUUAAUAAGAAAAAUACUUAUUCACAAACAGAUUUUUCUUAUGAACAUGAAAAUGAUAUUGAAAAUAAUUCAAAAAAUAAUUUAUUUUUUAAAACAACAUUAAUUAAAUUAAAUCAUCAACAUUCAUUAUGUCAUUUAUGUUAUUAUUUAUUAAUAAUAUUUCUUUUUAAAUAUAUUUUAUUAACAUUUCCACAACAUAUUCUUAUAAUGUUAAUUCAUUUAAAACAGUUUUAUCAAUUUAUUCUUAAACAUAAUCUAUCAAGUAGUUUAACAUAUUCAUUAUAUGAAGAUAAUGAAUUUUUAUUAACAAUAUGUCAUUAUUUAUUUUUAUUAUCACGUUUUGGUGAUAGUUUUUUAUUAAUACGCUUACCAUAUUUAAUAAAAAAAUAUUUUCCAUGUUGGUGUCAUUUUAAUUCAAAAUUAUUACGUAAACAACAACAACAACAACAACAACAACAACCUGUAAAUCAAAUAUUAACAAUGAAAAAUUCUUCAUCAUCAUAUAGUGAACCAAUAUCUGCUUUAGAAAUAUCAAAUUUAAAUGAUUUAUCAAACGAAUUAACACAAAAAAAAUCUGUGAAAAAAUCGCAUUGGAAUACAAAACAUCGUCGAUUUCGUUUACACUUUCAAUUUAUACCAUUAUGGUCAAAUGGUCGACCGAGAUUAUUUAAAGAACAUGUUUGA